AUAGAUUUCAUUUCUGUGUGGAUCGCGGCUCUAGGCAAGGCAAACCAUCUUCUGUCUGUAUCUCUCCUAGGACUAGCUGCUCUUCUGCAAUGGCACUCAAUCUUCGUCAGAAGCAAACUGAGUGCAUAACGAGGGUGUUGAAUCUAAAUCAGCCAGUUAGUGCUAGCGGGACGGCGAACGAGGAGGUGUAUAAGAUCCUCAUCUUCGACCGCUUUUGUCAGGACAUAUUGUCGCCGCUCAUCCACGUGAAGGACCUCCGCAAGCAUGGCGUCACCCUCUACUUCCUCAUCGACAAGGAUCGCAAACCCGUCCAUGACGUUCCUGCUGUCUACUUUGUCCAGCCUACUCACUCCAAUGUCCAACGCAUCGUCGCCGACGCCUCCAAGUCUCUCUAUGACUCCUUCCAUCUCAAUUUCUCUUCCUCCAUUCCUAGGCCCCUACUGGAGGAUCUCGCCUCAGGAACUAUUAGUUCAGAUUCGAUUCAGAGGAUAACAAAGGUGCAUGAUCAGUACUUGGAGUUUGUGACCCUUGAAGACAAUUUGUUUUCACUCGCCAACAAGAAUUGCUACGUUCAGUUGAAUGACCCCUCAGCCAGUGAUAAAGAAAUAGAGGAGAUCAUUGAAAAGAUUGUGAGUGGGCUGUUCUGCGUUUUAGCUACACUUGCUGUGGUACCAAUCAUCAGGUGCCCCCGUGGUGGGCCUGCUGAGAUGGUGGCCUCCUUGUUGGAUCAGAGACUGCGGGACCACUUAUUGGUGAAAAACAACCUUUUUUCAGAAGGCGGGAAUUUUUCCAGCUCUUUCCAGAGACCUGUUUUGUGUUUGUUUGAUAGGAAUUUUGAGUUGUCUGUUGCUAUUCAGCAUGACUUUAGGUACAGACCCCUCGUUCAUGAUGUUCUUGGGCUGAGAUUGAAUAGGGUGACUGUGCAAGGGGAGAAGGGUGGGGGGAUGAAGUCCUUUGAGCUUGACAGAUCUGAUCCUUUCUGGAUGGAAAAUGGGUCCCUAAUAUUCCCAGAUGUGGCUUUGGAGAUUGAGAACCAGUUGAGCAAGUAUAAAAAGGACGUUGAGGUGGUGAACAGGCGAACGGGAGGGAAUGAGGCUGAGUUUGAUGGGACGGAUUUGAUUGGAAACACGAAGCAUUUGAUGAAUGCUGUUAAUUCACUGCCUGAGCUGACCGAAAGAAAGCAAGUGAUAGACAAGCACACUAAUAUUGCGACCAUGCUUUUGAAGGAAAUCAAGGAGAGGUCCCUAGACACAUACACAAAAAAAGAGGAUGAUAUGAUGGUCAGAGGUGGGGGAGUUGACCGCAAUGAGAUCCUUGGGGUGCUAAAAGGGAAAGGGACAAAACUGGAUAAGCUCCGGUUUGCCAUCAUCUACAUCAUCUCAAGUGAGAACAUCCCUCAUUCAGAGAUUGAAAUGAUUGAAGCCACACUGAGAGAGUGCGAGGUCGAUACCAGCGCGUUCCAGUACGUGAAAAAAAUAAAAUCAUUAAAUGUUUCUUUAGCUUCUGCAAAUUCAGCAGCCAGCAGAAACAACAUUGUUGACUGGGCAGAAAAGCUGUACGGGCAGUCAAUCAGUGCUGUGACCGCUGGUGUGAAAAACCUCUUAGCUGGUGAUCACCAGCUAGCUUUGUCCCGAAUUGUGGAAGCCCUGAUGGAGGGGGGGAAGCCAAACUCUGAAACUGAUCCUUACCUUAUAUUUGAUCCCCGUGCACCUUCAGGUGGCACUGGGGUUGAGGGACAUCUGAAAGGAGGGGGGCCGUUCAAGGAAGCCAUAGUGUUUAUGAUUGGAGGUGGGAACUACGUGGAGUAUGGCAGCUUGCAGGGUCUUGCACGCCGGCAACGACAGCAGCAACAGCAGCCAGUCAAGCAUAUCAUAUACGGCACCACAGAGAUUCUUACAGGAGGUGAGUUCGUGGAGCAGCUUGCUUUGCUGGGUAAGAAGAUGGGAUUAGGAGGAAGCAGUAGUGUACCCGCUCCGGUCCAUUAAUGUACAUGUAUGGUAAGUGUGUAUGUCUUGCAUUGCAUUUAUAAACCACCUGUGGAAACAUUGAUUGUAUAACCCCCUCUCCCCCCAAAACCAGGUUUCGGCUGUGAUAAAAAGUUUCAUUACAUACAUCAAGUUAAGUUCAUAGAAGUAUAUUUUGUCUAGGAAAAAAGAAAAAGCAUUUAUAUGAGAUCAAAGAUGUACUCAAUUUGUAGAGAGAGAACAAAGAGAGGAUAUUAAGUGAUAUCUAUGUCAUAUAUUUUAGAGAAAGGGGUCAAAUAAGGCCUUCUAUUAUGAAAUCGUCACACAAGGCCAUGUACUCAAUAAAGUGUCAUAUAAAUAUGUCUACUUAUAAAAACAAUCGAAUGAGUCCUAAUGACCCGUUGACAACCUCUUAAUCCUAUUUUUAGCCUACGUGUCAAUUUUUUUUUACUUGUAUUUCAACUAAUCUUAGGUAAAUAUUCGACAUGUGCUGUAUAAUCUAUUAUAAAUAGAUGGUUUCAAGAACACUAAAAUCGGGAUUGGGGGGUUGUAAAUAGCUCCUUAGGACUUAUUUGAUUGUUUUUUACUAGUAGACGCACUUAUAUGACACUUUAUUGAGUGCAUGGCCUUAUGUGACGAUUUCAUAAUAGUAGAAGGCCUUAUUUGACCCUUUUCUCUAUAUUUAAAAAUAUAGUCUUGUUCCAAGUGUAGUGAACAUUCAGUGUACCAUUACUUAUUUUACCUUUUAACGUAGAUAACAAAAAAUCAAGCUUCAUAUCA